AUAAAAACUCGUCUCCCCACCUCCCCCUUUUCUUCUUCUCACUCGCUUUCUCUCCAACUUUUUCUUUUUUUUUUUUUUAAAAAAAAAAAUGUCGACGUUUUUUAAAAUGAUCAAUUUUGGCAUGUCGAAAAGAUCACUCUCCAGUUACAUCAUGUUAUACCAACAUGAUACGGUAUUCGAAGUCUAUUCAAGUCUUUUUAUCCAAAUCUGGGAUUUCUUGUGGCACCUGGCAAAAUAUAGCUUUCAAGCUACAGACAUGUAUGCCAAUCAUAAGGGACACAUUUACCAUCUCUCCAAAAUGAACAAUGCAAAGUCAUUUGAAGAAUGGGAUCAUGCUGCUACGGAACUUGAUAGAAUCGAGGGUAGUACGGCUUGGAUACAAGACCCCGAUUCAAAUGAUUAUGAUUGGAAAUUACUACAGAAACGAAUCGAUGAAAUAAAUCAUGUUCGAGCCUUUGAUAGGGAUCGCAAGUCCAUGAUUUUUACCUUGAAAUUAAGUCUAUCGCGCAAUCUAGGGGAUAUGGGCAACGCUACGUUGUAUCGAAAAACAAGAGUCGGCACAAAACAAUUGAUUUCUGAUUACACAGAUACGGUGAUUGAACAAUUGAAUUGGAUAGGCGGCGACAUGGAUCCUAAUGAACACUUUGGAGAAGACCUCACAUUAAAAGAAAAGCAUGAUUACUUUAUGACACUUCGUCAGGGUUAUGGUCGUACUGCUUUAUUGUUAAGUGGAGGAGGAACCUUGGGUUUCUUUCAUAUUGGCGUGCUAAAGGCCAUGAUCAAUGCUCGGCUUUUACCUCGGAUUAUUUCAGGUGCAUCCACAGGAAGUAUCAUGGCUUCAUUGAUCUGCACUUUGAACGAACAAGAUCGAAUCAAAAUGUUGAACUCGCCUUGGUCCAUUGCUCUAAAAGUGUUUGAACACCCAGAGUUCCCCGAAUCUCCUUUGUUACGUCUCAAUCGCUAUUUAUUGGAGGGCAACUUGUACGAUCCCAAUAUCUUGAAAUCCGUCUUGGCUGAUCAUCUUGGCGAUAUCACUUUCCAAGAGGCCUACAAUAAAUCUCGUCUCAUUUUAAACAUCACCGUUAGUUCUUCCAGUCUCUUUGAAAUGCCUAGAUUAUUCAAUUAUAUUACUUCUCCCGAUGUUGUUGUUUGGUCGGCUGCCUUGGCAUCAUGUUCUGUGCCCUUGUUUUAUCCUUCGCAAGAAAUAUACAUGAAGAAUAAAACAGGCCAACUCGUACCAUGGACCUCUACCGUUGACAAAUACCGUGAUGGAUCCAUUGACAAUGAUUUACCAUUGAAACGAAUAUCUGAACUAUUCAGUGUCAACCACUUUGUCGUUGUCCAAUGCAAGUUGAAUCCACAUGUGGCUCCAUUUAUACACAAGGAUCAUAGUGAGCCUUCUUUAUUACGCACCGGUAUUAAUUUCUUUUUACGAUUUAUCAAGGAAGAAAUUCAGCAUCGAUGUUCUCAGUUAAAAGAAUUAGGUAUAUCUCCCAACGGUAUUAUGCGACUUCAAAAUGUGCUCUCCCAAAUUUACAUUGGUGAUAUCACCAUUGCUCCUCAACUCUCUUUCAAAGACGUGGUGAAUAUUUUAUCUAACCCUGAUUUUGAAUCGGCCACUGGAUUUAUUGAACGAGGCGAACGAGCCACCUGGCAAAAAAUGUCUAAAAUCAAACAUAGUUUAAAAAUAGAAUUAGCGAUUGACGCAGCUAUUUAUAAAUUACGAUCCAAACUACUGGGUGAAUCCCCUCAAUGGCCUAACACGAGUCAAAUAGAAGAGGUCCCUGUCACCACCACCACCACCACCGAGGACAUGCCUUGUACUCCCUUGUGGCAAAUGGAUAGUUACGAAAGUCUAUGCAUGUACAAGAACAACGGAGAAAAACCACGUCGACCUAGUUUAUUACCUCACACAUUCUCUCGCUCUGGUCCUGGUAGUAGCCAUAGUAGCAGCCAUAACAACAGCCAACAGACAAGUUUAAAAAGAAGAAGGAAACAAGUCACAAGCACCCAAUUCUUUAUCUCUCCCGAUUUCGAGUGGCAUCCCAAUACCACGUUUGGAGAAUUUGGAAAAUCUGUCAGAUCCUCUUCUAAUAAUAAGAAGCGACUUUCAAUUGUUAUACCCAAAUAAAUAUAAAAAAAGGGGGGGGGGGGGCGGAACUCCUAUAUUUUAUUACAUGUUUUUUUUUUGAAAAAAAAAGUAAGGGUUUUAAGAGAGAAAAAAAAAGGAGGUGUGUGUGUGUGUGUAUGGGGACGGAUUAGUAUACAAAAAAAACAGAAG